AUGGCUGCAUCUAGUAAGAGCCCAGAACGCAUCGCUGAACUCCGACAGAGUGAUGUGCCGGUCCCAUGGUGUGACGAGUUUGAGAAGAUGAUAAGCGGCAUGAACUUCAACACGGGGAACUCGCAGGAAAUGAUGGAGUAUAAAUUAGCUACAAAGAGGAAACUCCUCUCUUUUAACGAUGAUAGUAUUCCUGAAGGUAGCACCUUAGCCUCAUUAAAAUCAAGACGCAUGGCAUUAGCAAAAGAGAUUUUCGGUAAACUAGGCCAAGACGUCACCAUCGAGCCCCCCUUCUUUCUCCUCUGGGGAUGCAACACAUUCAUCGGAAACGGCGUCUACAUGAACAGAGAGUGA